AUGGAAAAAAAGCAACAUUCAAAAUCAACUGCUAGUGGAUCAUCUUCUCCUUCCACAAUAAAUAAAUCAAAAAAAUCAUCAUCAACAACAGCAGCAGCAUCACUACCAACAACAACGACAAGCAGAAAUGCAGUACUUCCUCAAACUGCUCGUCGGAUUCUUCAAAAUUUCCUUUUGGUAUGGCUCGAUGCCAAUUUGCAAGAAUCCGAUAACGAUUUUAAGAAUUCAUUGCAACAUCUUCGAAAAAUUGUGGCAUCCAUCACAACAUUUACGGAUGCCCAACAAUGUGUUAAUUUCCUUAGUGAAAUCAAAAAAGAAAAGGUAUUUAUGAUCGUAUCAGGUUCUUUGGGUCGUCAAAUAGUACCAGAAAUCGAAGCAUUGCCACAACUGGAAGCAAUUUAUGUGUUUUGUGGCAACCAAUCGGUUCAUGAACAAUGGGCUAAAAAAAUAAGCAAGGUUAAGGGUGUAUACACAAAAAUAGAACCAAUUUGUCAAGCACUUGAAAUCGAUCGACAACGAUGUGAUCAAGCUAUGAUCCCGGUCAGCUUUAAUGGUCGUGAUGCCUUAUUUAUGUAUACACAAUUGUUAAAGGAAGCACUCUUGGAGAUCGAAGAUGAUGAUAAAAAAUCCAUCAAAGAUCUGGUCGAUUAUUGUCGUGAACAAGAUGAUAUUUCUGAAGAUCAAAUUAAACUUGUUGAACGUGAAUAUCGUGCUCAUACACCAAUAUGGUGGUAUACAGCGGAGACAUUUAUUUAUCCCAUGCUCAAUCGUGGACUUCGACAAAUGGAUGUUGACAUCAUCCUUAAAAUGGGCUUUUUCAUCCGUCAUUUACAUCAACAUAUUACCGAACUACAUCGUGAACAAAAAGGCAGCAUGCCAACAAAUUUUCAAGUCUUCCGUGGACAAGGUUUGUCCAUUGAAGACUUUGAAAAAAUGAAAAAAACCAAAGGAGGACUUAUGUCCUUUAAUAAUUUCUUAUCAACAAGUCGCAAUCGCGAGAUAUCUUUCAAAAACUUCGCACGACCAGCAGCAUUAAAUACAAAUUCAGUUGGUAUUCUCUUCAUUAUGAAUAUUGACACGGCUAUUUGCACAAAAUCAUCAACACCAUUUGCUGAAGUAAGUAAAGUUGGUUACUACAAAGAUAAAGAGAAAGAAAUACUCUUUUCAACACAUGCGAUUUUUCGUAUCGAUCGCAUUGAACGAAUUCACGAUAAUCACUCUGAUCGGCUAUACGAAGUCACUCUCACUAUUGUGGGUAAUGACAAUCAUGAAUUGAACACACUUACAGCACAUACACGUAAGGAACUUGGUGGACGAACAGGAUGGUCUCGACUUGGUUUCAUACUUAUUAAAGUAGGCGAACCUGCAAAAGCAGAACAACUCUAUCAGAUUCUCCUCGCAAAGGCGUCUUCUGAUGAAGACCGUAUAGAAUAUAAUAAUCAAUUAGGUGGGGUGUGUGAUGAUAUGGGAAACUACUCGAAAGCGCUUUCAUAUUACGAAAUAGCACUCAAUAUCAAAGAGAAAACUCUCCCUCCGAAUCAUCUCAGCUUGGCUACUUCCUACAACAACAUCGGUAUCGUCCAUGGAAAAAUGGGCGAGUACUCGAAAGCACUUUCAUCGUAUGAACGAUCACUUGAAAUCAAGAAAAUAGCUCUCCCUCAGAAUCAUCCCGAUUUGGCUGCUUCCUACCUCAACAUAGGUACGGUGUAUGAUAACAUGGGCGAGUACUCAAAAGCACUUUCAUCGUAUGAACGAUCACUUGAAAUCCGUAAAAUAGCUCUCCCUCCGAAUCAUCCCGACUUGGCUUCUUCCUACAACAACAUCGGUAAUGUGUAUGAUCAGAUGGGCGAGUACUCGAAAGCACUUUCAUCGUUUGAACGAUCACUUGAAAUCCGCAAAAUAGCUCUCCCUCCGAAUCAUCCCGACUUGGCUGCUUCCUACAACAACAUCGGUAAUGUGUAUGAUAACAUGGGCGAGUACUCGAAAGCACUUUCAUCGUAUGAACGAUCACUUGAAAUCCGUAAAAUAGCUCUCCCUCCGAAUCAUCCCGACUUGGCUAUGUCGUACGGUAACAUCGGUAUGCUGUAUGAGAAGAUGGGAGAAUAUACAAAAGCACUUUCAUUCCUUGAACGAACACGCGACAUCUUCAGAAAAGCUCUCCCUCCAACACAUCCGAAUGUCGCGAAAUCUGAAAGAGAUGUCGAAAAUGUAAAAAAGAAAAUGUAA